UUACUUCCAGGAACUGUCUGCUGAACAGAACGCUUUCCCACCCGUGCACAGUUGAAGGUAACACGGACGAAACAUGGCGAACCACCUUCGCUUCGUCGCUCGGACUGUCAUGGUCCAGAAUGGCAAUGUCGAUGCGGCUUAUGGCGCUCUGAGCAGGGUGCUGUCCACUGAUGGAAUCAUUGAAUCCGUGAAGCGUCGAAGAUACUACGAGAAACCCUGUCGUAAGCGAGAGAGAAAGAGCUACGAGAACUGUAAGAGAAUCUACAACACUGAGAUGGCCAGAAAGAUAUCUUUCGUAUCAAGGGCACAAAGACAAGAUCCAUGGCUUGGAUGUUAAGAUGAGAUAAACUGACUGUUUAAGUUGACCAACACAUGAUUCAUGCUCUGUGAUCUGUCUCAGAAGAUAAAGAUCCACAGGAACAUUUUACACAUCCACCAUUAAAACUUCACUGCAGAACUGUAUUGUCAAGACUGUCGUCACCUUACUUCUAUUCUGAAUGUUGUGAUACUGUUGACGUGUUGACUAACUGUUGUAUGUUAUUAAUAAUAAAAAGCUGUAAAAUCAAAA